ACUCUCCAUUUCACACAGCGGACAGUAACCAAGUCACUCCCUCUCUGGACACAUACCCAACUCUACGCACUCGCCCGGGGGACUCAUUUGCUGCCUGCGCGCCUGUACCUUUACCUCUGGAUAAAGUCCCAUUUGCUUUGCACCGUGAAGAUGAGUGUAGCGGUGGCGGAGGGCUGCUUUCUGACGGCCCUGCAGCCCAACACGUCUUGCACCGCCUAUGUGGUUCCCUCGGACGGUCCGAGUUCAGACCAGGCGGCCAAAGCCAGGAGGGUCCAGGAGCAGGUUCGGAGGCGACUGGCUGAGAAGAACAAGUCCUCUUCAAUGACCCGACUGGACGACUCGACGGUGGGGUCAACAGACUACAAUUUCCAGACAUCCAGAGGCUUUUUGUCGAACCAUGGCUUUAGUUCCCGGUCCAUGAUCAAUACACCCAGCAGAGUGAUGGCUGUCCCCACAGCCCCACUCCACUCCUCUGGUUUCUCCUCUCGCUCUGCUGUGGAAAACAACUCUAAAACAAACCAUGUUGGAACCAGCGCAGUCCAUACUAGUUACCAGGCCACACAGUCCCGCACAAGAAGCAGCCGCUCCAGAUCCUUUUGUCAGGCAGAUCAGGAAGUAUUCCCUCUCACUGUCUUGCCUUCUCCAGAGAGUAGCGCCCACACCCUUCCUGCGCCACCCCCAGGCAGUCUCCGACGCAGCCUCAGUGGAACACUAGCCCAGGGCAGGGGGCAGUGGCAGGACGAGGAUGUACCCUACCAAUACAUUUACAAAGGCCCCUCUCACCGCACCAUCAGCCGCAUCACCAACAGACAGCAGCAUUACCAACACAACUCCGGGUAUGGCCAAGAGGGUUGGGUUGGCACAGGCAGAGGGAUGCCUGUGGUGGGAGAUGGUUGGGGGGCACAGUGGCACCAGCAGAUGUCCAGAUCCAACCAGGGGUUUGGGACAGGACAGUACCAAGGCCUGAACCGGGCGGGCUCCGUGCGCAGUGUGAGGAGUGUGGGGAAAGGAGGGGACGUGCUAGAUGGAGCGUCCAUACACAGCAAUGAUCCUUUAGGCGGCAUGCAGAGUUUGGACAUGGCCACAGCUGUCAAAUAUCUCUCCGAGUCUGACAGUGGCUUGCAAGUUUUAGGAGCAGCGUAUAUCCAACAUCAGUGUUACCAUAGCAGUGAGGCCAAAAUCCAGGUUCGAACUUUACAUGCAAUUCCAGCUUUGGUUCAGCUAUUCUCCAGCGACAAUCAAGAAGUGCAGCGAUACGCAACUGGUGCCACUCGAAAUCUCAUCUACGAGAAUGCGGACAACAAGGUGGCACUGAUAGAGGCUGGGGGAGUGGCACGCCUCGUCAGUAUACUGGGUGAACCCGAUGAAGAGCUGAGGAAAAACAUCACCGGUGUCUUGUGGAAUCUUUCGUCUCGAGAUAAUCUGAAAGAAAAGCUGUCUAAAGAAGCUUUAUCAGAGCUGACAGAUAAAGUCAUGAUUCCUUUGUGCAGCAGUAUCCCUCUCAGUCCGUCUGAAAAAGACAUCUUCUACAAUACCACUGGAUGUCUACGGAACCUGAGCUCAGUUAAUGAGAGGACAAGGCAGAAGAUGAGAGAUAUGCGCGGUCUAGUGGACUCUCUGGUGUCAUACGUUCAACAAGAGGAGAGGGCGGAUGACAAGGGAUUGGAAAAUUGCUUGUGUGUUCUGAGGAAUCUGUCCUAUCAGCUGUACUCUGAGCUUCCUCCCACUGUACAGCUCCGUCUAGAAGGCCCAAGGAGAUCAUCUUCUUACAAGGAAAUUGAGCCCAUUGGCUGUUUCACUCUCUACAACCGAAAAAACACAGAGCAGCGAAACCAGAACCUGUCCAUUCUGUCUGAGGUGUCCCGGCAGCCCAGAGGAGCCGAGUGGUUGUGGCACCCUAAGAUUGUCGGGCUGUACAAAAUGGUGCUGCAGAACAAUGACUGCAGCUCCACAAGUCGAGAGGCGACCCUUGGAGCACUUCAGAACAUCACAGCGGGAGACUCACGGUGGCCCUCGGUUCUGACCUGUGUGGUGCUGGAGCAGGAGAGGAUGCUGCCAAUUCUACUGGAGCUCCUGGACUCCAACAAUGACACCGAGCUGAAGCCACUCACUGGUCUGCUCCGGAACCUGGCACGUCACGCCUCCAACAAGGAUCAUCUUGCCAAAAACAUGGUGAACGUGCUGGUGUCUAAGCUCCCCUCUGAUGGCCUUCAGAAAUCCCCCUGCAGUGAAGUGGUGGUCAACAUCUGUGGCGCUCUCAAUCACCUGGUUGCCUGCAGCUCCCUUGCAGCCCGGGACAUCUCCUACUUCAAUGGUCUUCCCAAACUGGUGGGCCUCAAAGGCACCCAUGAUAACAGUGCUGGGAGUUUGAAAGCAGCCAGGGCAGCCUCCACUGUCCUCUGCAACAUGUUCCAGUACAGCAAACUGCACAGAGACUACAAACUGAAAGGAUUUUCCCGUCGAGAUUUCACAGAUGCCACCAUCUAAUCUCCAGCGUUACAACGAAGCAUAUUCUGGUCAAGGAUGCAGAGAACACGAGGCGCAUCAGCAGAGAUUUAAGUGUAACUACAGACAGACAAACAAUGGACUUGGCAACAACAGCCCAAGGUUUUAUUUGUGCGUGUAACAUUUUAGUGAUGUGGCAACAUGGACUUACGGAAAUAGUGGACCUCUUCUGUAGUGAGCAGUUAAUGUUUUUGUCCACAGUAUUUUCUGCUUGUCUAUUAACAUUUGGGAGAUUGUGUUUAUCAUGGAAAGCAUCAGUCUGUUGUGUAACUGCAAUCUCUGUCUUAACAAAAGUCAUAUUUUGAUGGCCUCAUAGAACAACUGCAUUAAGUCAUUUUUGGGCCAAAUUGAGUUUCCAGUCACAUUUUACUCUCCAGACUCUAUAUCUCUAGGUGUCACUGGCUCCAUCCUUGGCCAGUCAGAAAGGUUUUUACAGCCCAGAAAACAGAAAUGCCUCAAUGAUUUAACUGACAUAUGAAAAUGUUGAAAAAUGACUAUGCAAUUAUGCUAUGAGGCUAACAAUUUGUAUUUUCAAAUGCUUAAUAAGAUUUAAUGCCACAUUACAUGCUUAUGAUCCAGGGAUCUGUUGCUGUAGGCUGAUGUUAGUAUUGUGUAGAGUGCACAUUAUUUGCUGAGAAGCUCAAAUAGAACAGAUAAAUACUGGAUGUAUUAUUUUACUGUGUUUAAUUAUGGCUUCUUCAAAAAAUGAAUUGAAAGUUGCUUAUUGAUGUAAGAGAAUGAAAAAAAAAAACAACAAAACUGAAUAGCUAAACCAGAGGGCGGAAAAAGCCAGUUAAUUAUGAACCCAGUUAGGCCUGUCAUGAAGUGUGAUAUACAGUAUUGCUGAGGAAAAUAUAGACGAUAAACGAUAAUAUUGAAAAUAAACCCAAAACAUUAUUCUAAAUGUACAACAUUGUUAAAACACAUAAUGCAAUAAAUAAAUAACAGAACACAAUGCGUAAGUAAGCAGUUUGGAUCUAUAAUGAGUCAUAGAAGUUCAUAAAUCAAACUUUUACAGUUCAAAUCAUAUUACAAAAAAAUAACCCCAAUUUUUCCACAAGUAGAAAGAAAAAGGUACACGUGAUAAAUAUCUUUCCAUCUAUAAUUUAUUGAAUGAUAGAUUGAAUUAGUAUUUAUCAUGACAGGCCUAAACUCAGUAUAAAGUGUAACUCAAUAAUAAAGUUAUGCACUGGAGUAGUUUUAUGUUUCAGAUGUUGUUGGCACCCUCUGCUGGUCAUAUAACUUUACAUUUUUAAGAACUGUUAAUAAAAUAACAAUAAAAACAUUACAGAAAUAUGUUUUAAUAGUAAAUGAAAUGGCAGAUUGAACUUUGUACAAUAUUAUUCAAGUACAAUUUAGUUUACAGUUUGAUGUAAAUUUUAGCCUCACAUUUUAGGAGGUGAGGACCCUGAACACGGACAAUAUUUAUGAGUUAACUAGAUUUCUAAGCAAUUAAAAAUAUUCAAAUACAAGUGUAAACACAAAAGCCUGUAUGACAUUUCCAGUUUACAGUGAAUUUAUUUUUUAUAUUUACAAAGUACAAACACAUUUUCUAAAGAAUUAAUAAAUAGGUCAUAUCACAAAACAUACAGAGUAAAAGUUUCUUUCAAGUCAAUGACUUCUAAAGGCACUUUCAUAUGACAGUACCUUACAGUAACUGACCUUAUAAAAUGUAAUGUUAACCAAUAGUGUGAAUACUUAAGCAUCCAUUCUGAAGAGACAUAC